UGUCAGUAAUUUUUAUCUUCUAACAACUUGAUAUGUUUACUCUAGCGUGGCAAAAUGGCGGAUCGACUUGAUUUGGGGAAUAUCCACCGUGCUGGAGGUUAUGGUUCCGAGUUUGAUGAGUAUGACAGUGAACAGGACAAUGAAGUGGAGACAGAAAAGAAAAGGUCUAUCAAACAUGAUGAGUUAUACAGGAAAUCUCAGCCCAGCACGUCCCGAGAGGUGCCGUCAAAGAGAACAGUUGCAGCAAUGUACGACAAGGAAGAGACCCAGAACAGGAUGUACCACUUCAGAGCUAUGGAUGCUUAUGCAAGACACAAGGAGCUGGUCAACAACUACCUUAUAUACUAUGGAGGGAAGAAGGAGGAUUUCAAACGGUCAACUGCAAGUGACAAGACAGACCUGGAUAUUAUCCGAGAGAACCACCGCUUUCUGUGGAAUGAUGAAGAAGAAGACAUGGACCUGUGGGAAAAGAGAAUGGCAAAGAAGUACUAUGACAAGCUCUACAAGGAGUACUGCAUUGCUGAUCUAAGUAGGUACAAGGAAAACAAGGUUGCACUCAGAUGGAGAAUAGAAAAAGAGGUCAUUGAAGGAAAAGGCCAGUUUUCCUGUGGAAACAAGAAGUGUUCAGAGACAGAGGGGCUGAAGAGCUGGGAAGUUAACUUCGGGUACAUGGAGCACGGGCAGAAGAAAAACGCACUCGUAAAGCUCAGGCUGUGUCCAGACUGUUCUUAUAAACUCAACUACCACCACAAGAGAAAAGAGGCAAAGUCUCGUAAGAAGAGAUCAGAAGAGACUGUGUCAAAGAGAAGAAAACAUGACCAGGAGGAUUCAGAUGGAAGAAAGGAGGACAAAGACAAGACGGACACACCUGAAACUGAGAAAGCAUCCAGUGCUACUACCCCAGACAGCCAAAAUCAGUCAGCGGAGGCAGUCUGGAAAGGACCUGUACAGGUUGUUGAAGAAAAAUCCAGGGAGGAAGAAUUCGAUGACUACUUUGAAGACAUGUUUUUAUGAGAGCAGAUUUGGAACCAUAGGUUUGGUUAUGUAGUUCGUUUUAGAACAACUCCAUAUAUUAAAUUAUGAAAUUGAUAAUGAUUUUAGUGCUCUUUAUAUUUCAUUAGUCAUUACAAGUAAGUCAAGAAAGUACAACAGACAUAGUACAACAGAAGAUUCCUGAUACAUUCGGACAAAGAUGCACUUUAAUACUGGUCUUAGACUUUCUAUACAGUUCAAAAUAACAGGCUGUGAUUUCCAUACCAGACAGUCUUGUACAUUUGCUAGAAGGCAAUUUGCGAUUAGCUAGAAUAAAAAUUAUGCUUACCUACGUCACAUAUGCUUACAUAUGUCACCUAUAUUCCACAACUUUAGGUACAUGUACCUUCCCUGUCUAGAUGAGGUUCUCUGAGGUCAUAUGAAAAUAACUUAGGAAUAGUUGAAGAACACAUCAAUGUCAAUGAGAAGAAAAUAUGCACCAGUGCUUUUCUGGAAGACAAAACACUGAGUGAAGAUCCCAAGGCCAUUUACCAAAGGUAGCUAGAACUAGUUUUACGUGCUUGAGACAGCACCAUUGUCAUGUCUUAGAUCAUGCUACUGUACACUGUUUUCUAAAGUGUCAAGAAGAUCCGAGGAAUGUUUGAAAAUGAAUUAUACCACAGAAACCCUGCCCUCUCUCCUGUUACAGAAGUGAAGUAUGUGGUUAAACAUUUAUAUCAUUCAUGCAUGAUCAGAAUUUUGGUUUUCGGUAUUGUCACAUAAUGGGAGCACAGGCAAAGGCUACCAAUGGUUUUACUUAAACCAUUUUACUGGGUAUGUGUAAUAUGUUAAAUUUAUAUGACUGUGUGGUUAUCUUAGGGUCACAUUCAUAGCAGAUGAAUUUCUUCAGACCUGUACACUAUUCUCAGUUGUCCACAAAAAUUAGCCACAACAAUGUGCCAAGUACAAAUAUACCAUCUUCAAGGGGCUCCAACUGCAUUGGUUAUGCUUUCAUGAAUGCAUUACAUGUGUAUAUCCAUUUUUGUGAGUAGUAAUUUUCCCACAAGAAACAAACAAAGACAGACAUAUAGUUCUUAUUCUUUAGGAACUAGUACAGUUAUACUGUCGCUAUAUACCUCAUUUUGGAGUACACUACCCCUCCCCACCACAUGUACUUCUGGUUACAGCCUUCUCAUAGUCUUGUUUUCUAUAAUACAUCAUAAUG